AAGUGCACGGCAAGAGUUGCUCUUAUCUUCAAUUAUUACUUGCAUAGUUGCAUCGGCUUCUGCAAUUGCACUUGCUCUUAAAAUUCUACAACAAAGCCAAUUUCUGCCACUCAAAUUUGUUUUUUCCAAAUCUCUGUCCCUCUUGUUCCGCCUUGCAUGUAAAAUGCAUACUAUUUGAGUUUACCAGGGAUCAAAAUUCAGACUUUUCUGGUAAAGUUUGCUGGGUCAUCUAUACAUAGUUCAGAGGUUGGUUCUUUAUUUGGACCUUGGAUUAUCGAUAAGUUUUAGGUAUGAGUGACCAUCAGCAAGGGAACAAUGAAAGGAAUGAGAAUAAGGAUAUCGAGGGGCAAUUUCCCAGCAAGGUUGUUGAAUUUGUUUCAAAGCCAUUGGUACGUUCGUUCCUUGGAUGGUAUGAAGGAAUACUUGUAUUCUGUCGCGCGAUUGCAGUAUCACUACUGGAUCCCUUGUUCUUUUACGUUCCCGUGAUCAACGAAGACAAAAAGUGCAUUGGGUUAAACAAAGUGUUGUGGACCAUAGCUAUUGUUUCGCGAUCGGUCACCGAUUUCAUUUACCUUGUGCAUUAUGUAGUGAUAUCCGUAGUGAAAUCCAAGAAAUCCAAGAUACGUAAGGAGCGUAAUGAUGAGUCAAAUAGUAAGGAGCGUAAUAUAAGGGUAAAAAGUCGAAGCUACUUUUGGCCCUUCUUUAUGCUCAACAUUCUAGUUAUUCUGCCCAUUCCACAGGUGGUAAUGUCAAGCAUAUUUUCAGAGAUGAGACGGACAAAAUCUUCAAAUAUAACAAUCUUGAACUCUCUAGUUCUUUUGCAAUAUGGGCCAAGAGUUUUCCAAAUCUACCGAUCCUGGAAGAAACUCAUAAGCGCAGAGAAAUUUAAUGAGGCUUCCCUAUGGAUCAAAGCUUCAUUCAAUUUAUUUCUAUACAUCCUUGCUGGUCAUGUAUUGGGAGCCUUUUGGUACUUUUUCUCUACCCAACGACUAGCGGCUUGCUGGCAGAAAGCUUGUGAUCAAAUUCAUAAUGAUGGGGUUGAAAUUUCUUUUAACUGUGACUACAGUUUUAGAAAUCUCUCUUUUUUAGAUGAUUUCUGCCCUAUUGAUACACCAAACCCAAGUACCUUUGAUUUUGGAAUAUUUCUUGAAGCCCGUCGAUCUCGAAGCUUAGAAUCCACGGGUUUUCUGCCAAAAGCAUUUUACUGUUUCUGGUGGGGCAUGCGAAAUCUAAGUUCUUUUGGGUCAAACCUCCAAACAAGUAGCUACAUAUGGGAAAACAUCUUUGCACUUGGAAUUUCUAUCUUUGGUCUGUUAUUAUUUCUUUAUUUCAUUGGAAACUUGCAGAUAUACUUGGAGUGGAGAACAACAAAAGAACAAAAGUGGAGAAAACGACAAAAAAGCCUUAAAAAGUGGAUGGACAAACACGACUUUGAUAGAACAACAGGGGACAAGAUUAUUGACCACAUGGCUAAGAGCUAUGAUGCAGACGAUGACGUUCAUGUAGAGACCCUUAUCCCUGGUCUUCCUCGUGAACUUCGAAGCGCUGUCAACUGCCAUAUCUGCUUAAAUCUGCUCAAGAGUCUGAAAAUCAUAAAAGACAGUGGGUUGGCCAAGCAUGAGUCACUGUUGCUUAAAAUCUGCGACUCUCUUCAACCAAUGUUCUAUAACAAGUACUGCUACAUUGUUAGGGAGGGAGACCCAAUUGAUGCGGUAUUCUUUAUUACAGCUGGCACUGUAUGGACUUAUACAAGCAAUAAUGGUGAAGGAUCUGAGUCUCAACAUACUGAGCAUCUAAAAGAUCAGUACUUUGGAGGAGAACUUCUUGAAUUGGUUUUGACAUCUACCUCCGGUGACAUAUCCAACUUAUCAAAAGUCCAAGUUUUUUCAAAAACCCUGAAAACAUACACAAAAGUGGAAGCCUUUGCUCUAAUGGCCCAUGACUUGAAACGAAUUUGGCAAUCUAACCGUAUCAAUCCAAGUGCUCUAACUUGUCCCAAUUAAGUUCAGAGUUCUAGGCAGCUUCACUUGUACAACAAAUCCGGCACCGCAAUCACCCGAAGAUGUAUGAUAGUGAUAGCGUUGGUGGUAGUUUGAUCAAGAAAACUCCAGAAUCCAGCAAAGCCUGACAGUACUAUUGUUGCAAAGCAAUAGUUUGUUUUGAUGUAUUUGAAGUAUUUAGUUUUUAUAGUCAUAAGGUUGCUACUUGUUUGGAUUCUGAAAAUGAUAAUGGUAGAAUUAUAAAAAGAGUAAUGUGUGAAACAAUAAAUUGUUUAGGGUAACAUUUUUCAAUUCAAAUAAGGA